GUGUGCUCCAGCACGGCAAGGCCUUGCUACACACCCGCGCACCUUGCUUGCAUUGGAUCCACAACCAUGGACGCCUGUCGCCUGGUCCUCGCCCUCGGCCUCCUCGCGGCCGCCGCCGCGCCGCUGGCCUCCGCCGAUCUCGCCCCCGACUUCUACAAGGAGUCCUGCCCGGACGCCGAGAAGAUCGUCGCCGCCGUCAUCGAGAAGAAAAUGAAGGACGACCCCGGCACCGCCGCCGGCCUCCUCCGCCUCCUCUUCCACGACUGCUUCGCCAAUGGGUGCGACGCGUCCAUCCUCAUCGACCCGCUGUCCAACCAAAGCUCCGAGAAGGAGGCCGGGCCCAACAUCUCGGUGCGCGGCUACGAGAUCAUCGACGAGGCCAAGAAGGAGCUGGAGGCCAAGUGCCCCAACACGGUGUCCUGCGCCGACAUCAUCUCCCUCGCCACCCGCGACUCCGUGAAACUCUCCGGCGGCCCGGACUACGCGGUCCCCACGGGCCGCCGCGACUCGCUCGUCUCCAACCGCGAGGAUUCCGACGACAACCUGCCCGGCCCGGACAUCCCCGUGCCCCAGGUCACAGCCGACUUCGUGAAGGCCGGCUUCACCGCCGAGGAGAUGGUGCUGCUGCUCGCCGGCGGCCACAGCAUCGGCAAGGUCAGGUGCAUCUUCAUCGAGCCCGACGCCUCGCCCAUGGAGCCGGGCUAUCGCGCCAGCAUCAGCAAGCUCUGCGACGGGCCCAACCGGGAACCGGGCUUCGUCAACAUGGACCAGUCCAACCCCAACACCAUUGACAACUCCUCCUUCGCCAACGCCAUCGCCGAGAAGAUGCCGCUCACCAUCGACCGCCUCCUCGCCAUCGACGAGAAGACGGGGCCCAUACUCAAGGACAUGCUCAACAAGCCCAAAGAGGACUUCGCGUCGGCAUUCGGCAAGGCCAUGGAGAAGCUCACCGUGCUCAAGGCCAUCACCGGCAAGGACGGCGAGGUCAGGAAGGCAUGCAACGAGUUCAACAACCCCAUGUCCAGCGACGGCCCCUCGGUCAUACGGAUCAGCUCCGUCGACCCUGAGGACCUGGACGGCUUGGCGGCCGGCAACAAGCAGGAGCAGGUGUCAAGCAUCGUCUCGCAGGGGCACGAGGACGGACAGCCGGAUGCCGCCGCCGGCAACGCGGACGCUAAGGCCGAGAAGCCCCACAAGAAGGCGUCCGGCAAGCACAAGCUCCGCAGCGACUAGAAGCAGUGCGCGUGAGCGCGUCACUGCCACACCGCGUACGUACGUAACUACGAGCUGUCGCCCCGCCCACCUCUCCGGCGACGCACGUAGGCCUCCAUCCAGCAGCGUCUCCAUCAAAUUGAUUAAUUGCGCUUUGAAUUACUCUUCUUCUUCCUCGCGGUACUCUCUUCCUUGAUUGUAGAAGGAACGAGUGACGUACUACCAUACUUCGGCUAGUUACUUAAUGCUUGGUUGAUUUUUUUCUUUCGAAACUAAUAUCGCGUCGAGUUUUUAACAGCGACCGUAGCACUCCAGUUUGUCUUAAUUUUUUGUUGUAUUUGUUCUUGUAACCAAGUUUUUUUGGCUGGGUGCCGAAUUAUAUUGUACCAGUUUUGUUUUUGGCUUC